AAUCAACAUGCGGCACCGGUUUACACGAUCGACUCGUGUUUUUCAGUUUUUUUGUCCAGAAAUUGUAAAAAAAUAAAUAAAUAGCUGUCCAUUUUCUACCAUAUUAUCAAAACGAGGAUGAAUAAUUCUCUGAAAAUCGUCACCGCUUGUGUCACCACCUCGUCGCAGCUGAAUUUUCUUAAAUUUGGACUUGGACAUGGUCAAAUAUGUCGAAUUCAUAACUGGGUGCGGCCGGUGCGCUAUGUCCUAAGACGAAGGCGGAAGGUGGAGUACGAGAAAUUUCCUGAGCGAGCGAAACCAAUUAGACGAAGUGCAUUUAACGAUUGGAAUUAUAGGGCAGAACUUUACGCUUUUGGGAAACGUCUCGGUGAAGAGUUUGACGAACCUUUGUUGAACCAGGCACUCAUCGAUAAGUCGUACAUCCAUUUUGAAAAGCGACGUCUCGAAGAACUUGGCCUGGAUCCGAAUUCAAUCCAGCUUCAGGACAAUGGGGAACUAGCGGAGAGAGGGAAAAGUCUUUUGGAACAGGUUUUGAACGCGUUUAUGGUCAAAGAAUUCCCCAAAUUGCCAAAGGAAGGAGUGGAGGCGGUAGUUCAGAGUCUAACUAGUGAUCCAAUUUUAAAACAAGUAUCGUUGCUUAUCGGAACGAAAGAUAUUAUUCAGUGUCAGGACUAUCCACCUUCCGAUCAAGUCUACUCUACCGCUUUUCAAGCCAUUGUCGGUGCUCUAGAACAAUCUUCGGGAUUAGAACGCGUCGAAAAAUUCAUUCUGGACGUUGUUGCAUCUCACCUCUGUGGCAAAGACAUCCACGACUUUUGGGAUAUUCCUAAACCAUGGCACAUGCUUCUCGACCUUACACGACCUCAAGGAAAAACAUUGGAGCCCAGACUGCUUCGAGAGGCUGGAAAAAAUACACUUUUGUCCGUCUACGUGGUGGGAAUUUAUGACGAAAAUAAAGUUUUGAUGGGAACAGGUGUCGGCGAAACUAUUGACAUUGCUCAAGAAAUGGGGGCGAGAGAUGUUCUCAGAGGAAUGUUCGGUACCAAAACCCCUCUUGCACCGUUCCACUUUCAAACGGAUAAUUUCCCCAUGCAAUUAAUUCCUCAUGUCAGAUAAGAUAUGAUAGAAAGUCAAUAAGUUUAUAUUAUUUGGUAGUAAUAUUAGGAUCAGUGGCGGCAGAAGUAGGGGGACAGGGGGACAUUGUCCUCCCAAAAAUUCAGAAUAAUCGUACCUUAGUCAUGUUAAUAAGUCCUUCCUACAAUGUAAAUGUCCCCUUAUGUCCUCCCAUUUCCGCCGCCACUGAUUAGUAUUCAUAGUUUUUAUAACGUAUUGUACGUGAAGGACAAUUAUAUCGCAGCAUAAUAAAUAAAUUGCUAUGCUAUACAUGCAAAAUGUGAAA